CAGCGUGCAUCAGUCUCUCCUUCUCCUGUAUCUCACCAACUACAUCAGAAACACAAAGUAGGUGUGGGAAAUGUUGGACUGGGGUCCAGUUUUCGUUGCGGUGGUGAUGUUCAUAUUGCUAACGCCGGGGCUGCUGUUCCAGGUACCAGGGCGUAAGGGGUAUGUGGAGUUUGGCAACUUUCAGACCAAUGGUCCGUCCAUUUUUAUUCAUACCCUGCUUUACUUUGCCCUCGUUUGUGUUUUCUUCAUAGCUGUCAAGGUUCAUCUUUACAUAGUUUGACAUCAUUUUAGUGACAUAUAAUGGUUCAACAUAUUUUAAUAUUAAUGUUUUUUUUUUUAUUUUGCUUUAAUUUAGGAUCAACCAUUGACGGUGUUUUGUUCUCUUUCAUGUAAUAUGUGUUUGGUCUUGAGAAGUUGUUGUACUCUCUUCCCAAUUGAGCUCUUCUGUAACUUUUGUCUUGAUUAAUUUGUAAAAUAUAACUAUCCUCUAACA